AUGUCCUUCGCUCUGAUUGGGGGGCCCCUGCUGGUGGUGGUGGUGGUGCUACUUUUGCUGGGUUGUGUGAGCGCCCUCAUUUACCGCCGACUCACGGUAACCGUUGAUGAGGCCGCGCGCGGGGUAACACAGGGGUCAGUGGCCCGUAAACGCAGCAACGUUGUCACGGGAGAUGAUGAGGACGAGGGCAAGGUGAACGUGCGCGACGGACAGCCAGGUGUGCAAGGGGUCGCCGCGUUGUUGCGCCGCCGCCACGCGCAACAGGCGGAGCGACGCAGUGACGGUGGCCCGGAGGAGGAGGCAACUGCACCGCUCCCAAAGCUCACGCGGCUGCAGAAGAAGAAGCAGGAAAAAGAACGUGAGCGGGAGGAGCGGCGCCAGGCACAGGAAGCGGAGGAGGGCAAUCGACGCACCAGGCAGGAGGCGGAGAGACAGCGACAAGAGGACCGCGAGCGCGAUGAAGAAAGGCGGCUUAUUGCUGAAGAGAAGGCGCUUCAGGAUCUACGAGAUGAGAAGAAGCGACAAGAUGAUGAGGAGUACGCCAAGUGGGUGGGCGCCAUCGGGUUGGAGGAGCGUGGCGAGAUCGGUGAUGAGGAGCAGCAGCGGCGGGAUACACUCAUUGCGUUCUUGAGGGGGCGGGCAAUGGAGGUGGACGCACGUGAGGGGAAGCAGCAAAAUCAAAAGGAAGGGGUUGCACCAUCCGCCCCCACGACAGCCGUGGGAGCAAAGGACGAAUUGGCGAGAAACAUUUUGGUGCUUAGCGACGUGGCUCGCGAGUACGGCGUCACAGUGGAAGUUUUGGUAAAACUCAUUGAGACGUUGCUGGGGGACGGAGCCAUCAGCGGGGUCUUUGAUGAUCGGGGAAAAUUUAUCUUCGUGGCCGAAGCGCAUUACCUUAAGCUGGCUCUCUUCAUUCAGCAGCGCGGACGCGUGUCUGUGAAGGAGCUUGUUAGGGAAUGCAACCGAGUGAUUCUAUCAUGA